AUGAAAGACCUUCAAAGCCCAUCAUUUCGUAGCAAAGAAAAUCCUGAUGGAAGCAUCGCUCUUUAUUACCUGAGUAGUCAUACUGGACUAUAUCCGUUUGUAUUAGGUGCUUUAACCGUCAUAGCCCAAAGAAUUUUCAGCCUGGAUAUCAACCUGAGCAUUAUCAACAAAGCUGAACAACGUGUAGGAAUGACCGACCACCAAAGGACUGGUGAAUGUGUGACAUUUCGAAUCGAGAUUGUUGAGCGCGAGGCCAAUGCAAGUCAUGCUCUUUCGACCGCAGACUCAUCGGCACUAGAAGCUUGUAUUGCAGCAAACUUUAGCAACGAACUGAAAAUGAACGCAGCCGAUUUCUGCAUAGCCCUACCUUACCACAUCAUCAUGGACGAACAAUGCUGUCUCGUACAAGUAGGAAAUGCUUUGAAAGAUCAUAUCUCGCAUGAACUCCUGGCUCUUGGUACACCAGUCACAAAAAUAUUCGAAAUUAAAUGGCCACAAAUUCCGUUUGACUACAAAAACAUAUGCAAUUCCAUCAAUGCUGUUUUUGUGCUGCAAGCUAUAGAGUCCUUGGAAGAAAAAGUCCGGAUGCAAAUGAAGGAAAAGGAGAUAACACACGGCUUUGUAAUGAAGUUUCGCAAAAAUUUUAGUUAUCAUCUGCAACUCAAAGGGCAAAUGAUGCUGCUUUCUGAUGGCGAUAAACUAAUCUACAUUUGCUCUCCUCACAUUAUUUCCUUGUACGAACUAGCAAAAACGAGCAUGAAAAUAGCUGAGAUCCCUGUACAUGACACCACCAGAAGCCUAGUUCUUCUUCGUGAAUUCCUUACGGACGUGGAUAUGCACCGUCAACUCGAAGCAAACGACGAACAAAUAGAAAGUCUAGAGGACGAGCUCAAGGCGCAAGACCAUAAAUUAGGUAUGGCCCUACGUAAAGUGCUACCAGAAACGCUUGCUGUCAACAUAAUGGAAGGAGAGCCUAUUGAAGCGCGAGAAUACGAAGAAGCGACCGUAAUGUUUGCUGAUAUUCCACAUUUCCAAGAAAUUCUGUCAAUUUCUCAUUCCAAGGAUGUAGUACAUCUUCUUGAAAAGUUAUUUCAUCGAUUCGACCGCUUAGUUGGAAUUCACAAUGUGUAUAAAAUCGACACUGUUGGAGAUAAUUUUAUGACAGUGGCUGGAAUCCCGGACGAGUUUCCCGAACAUGCCGAGAUGAUGUGUUACACGGCGAUUGGUAUGCUGUGGGAAGCACGAUCGGUGCUCGAACCCGUUAGCAAGAAACCCAUCCAAGUCCGAAUUGCUAUACAUUCGGGACCACUGGUGGCCGGCGUGAUCGCUUCGGAAACACCCAAGUACUUUUUCAUUGUUCACUUCAAAGAUAGAUAUUGA